CAAGACUUUUAAGCAAAAAAAACCCACGACGUUUCGAUCGCAACACAAGCAGUCUGCUUCAGGUGGAGAGAAAAAAGAAGACCCGCCUGUGUUGCGCUCGCAACAUCGUAGGUUUUUUUGUUGUUUUAAUUUAGAUUUUUGUUUUUUAUCUACGUGACUUUACCGAAAGAACCAAGAAUAUGAAGUCCAACGUACAUAGAUACAUACAUCAACUUACUACUAAUGUACUUCAUGCGCAACGUCUGCUGACCUGAAAACGAUCAUGAGGCACAUUCUAGAUACGAAGUUUUAGAUAUCACGGGAGACUUUCAAUCAUCCGAUUUUUAAGAGUAGAGAUUCAGUAUUUCAAAGUAAGUACGCACUAUAAACAGGAGACGUUAUACCGAGCAUGUGACAGUGAGCCAAAAAUAUGUUCUCCUAUCCUGAAUAAUGUAUAUGCUAGUUAUGGCCCCCAAUAGCAUUCACCAUUGCCAUUAAAUGUCCUACACAUGCGAUUGUAGAACAAAAUGUUCACAUACCAAGGCCGUGAUUAUAAUAUAGAUCACUAUUAGACAUAAUUGUAAAAAAAAAGUCCAUCCUAUGUGUUAGUGAGUUUUUUUGUAAUAUUUUAUGCAGGAAAUAUCAGCAAAUUCGUUUUCAAAUUAACAUUUUUCUGGGGGGGGGGGGAGGACCCCCAGACCCUCUGGAAGAUUUGGUCCCCCCCAAUGUUGAGUCCAUGGCUACGGCCUUGUCACAUACUAUAACGUGACUUCAAUCAAUGGAAUCAUGGUUACGCAAUGAUCAGCGUCUACGCACCGUUGUGUGUUGAUCAUGGGAGUAGGCCUGCAUGCUUCGACGCACACCCGCCUACUCCCAUGCUGGAGGCAUCGGGUGCCGUGCAGGAACAUCGCUCUGUGCGGCGUUUGUAACAACUAUGUUUUAUAAUGAUAACUCAACAACAUUCGGUUAUAACAUUGCCUUACAAAUAUAACAUACGCAAUUGGUAACGUGUCCGGUAAUGGCUCUUCUUCACAGCACACAUAGGGUACAGAGAGUCGCCUAGUACUAUAUUCUCUUUGGUUCUUUCGGUAAAGUCACGUAGGUUGAAAAAAUAAUAGAUCACAACGUUUCAAUCGCAACAACAAGCGACCGUCUUCAGGUGAGAGAGUAUAUAUAUAUAUUUUUUUUUCUAUUGCCAGAAAGGGUAAAACCUAUUGUUAAUUUUCAUCAUUUUUGAUAUUUCCAAAAUAGGUCCCAUAUUUUUUUUUAUUUUGAAGGCAGUGUUAUUCGUUCAUGACUUUUCAUUACUUUUGUAGACCCAACUAAUUCAUUUUGACAAAUACACUCGAUAACAUGUGCUUAUUACAAGCUGCUAUUAUGGAAUCCACGAAGCAGACACAAAUUCAGGUAUGUACAAUAAUAAUAAUUAUUCUGUGAUACUUUAAAACAGUAAUUAUAUGUUUAUACUAGAAAAUCACAAAUAUUGCCCCAUAUUUAACUUACAAAUACACCUUCAUAACAUUUUGAGUGUGCAUUGAGUAUUCAAUGGCACGUUCAAUAAAAUCUUAUGUGGAGCAAAUAUCACUGGAUAUUUACUUCAGAAUGUAUUAUUUAUGCCUAAAACUAGUGUAACCCCAUUUAUUCAGGAUUUACGAACAUACUUUUGGCUUGUGCAAUCAUAUGCCAAGUAAAAGGGGUACUGUUUAAUGGUAUAUUAAAAUUAAACAUUUAUAUUCUACUAUUAAAAAUUUGAUGAUUGAAAAUCUCUGGUGAUACCUCCAAAAUAGUUUGCGGUUCAAUUACGGCAGGCUGCCUUGGUUGUUUGGUGGUGUAUUUACCGUAAAAAGGACGUGCCGUCUGAUGCGUAGUGAACGUUAAAGAUCCCAUAAUGUUUAGUAAGUUGGUCCUGGGUAAUUUUUUAACAUUUGCAGGAAGGAAGUGAUAACUUGAAAAAUGUAUCCGCAAAUUAUUCAAUUGGGAUUACACAUAGUAAUCAUCGCCACCUACUCAGAUUGAACUAUAAAGCUCCUUUUCACUGGACAUCACAGAUCUCAUCACAGAUGUCCAGUGGACAUCAUGUCCUGGCCGACCAAUGCCCGAUUUAAAGCCAGACCACAAGUAACUUUAUUGUGCGCUUUGAGUUGUAAAGCAAGGGCGGUGCCAUUGAUGUUGUAAUGUCAUUCAUUUUUUCAUGGAUGACUUUGAGAUGUAGUUAAUGAGUAAUCUUGUGUGUACUGAAACACUCCCAAAAAAAUGCUGACACCCAUCCAUUGCUGCGUCAUCUUCAGAUUACCACGCAAGGUGGCUGUGAUGUUAGAUGGUGGGGUCGAGCAUUGGUGUAUUGCUCAUAACUUAAUAAAACGACCAACCCAUCCAUCCAGAGGAUCGCUCGUGGAUUGUUGUGGGUGGGUGAAUGCACAAGUUGUUGAUUAAAUUAACUGUCAUAAAUGUUUAGAACAUAUUGUAGGCACGUGUAGAAAAAUAAUUGGUCUGAGGCACCACUGUCCCGAAAGCAUAACACCUCAUCUUUGAUCCGUAAUCCUAAACUAUAAACCUCUAACCUUAAUCCUUAACCCUUAACGUAAACCCUGACACUAGACGAACCUUCAACCUCUAACUUAUGCAAAAAUGAAAGAUACGGCAUUUUUUCAUAUCUCAUGGAUGUCGUAUGUUUGUUGAACUUCUUUCGGCACCGAACGUAGCCAACCGUGCUCAAAUAAAUUAGUUGUCAAUCCUAGAUGAUUUAAAAGUGGCAUAGCUCCAGUGGCUUCGUAAUUUUGGAAGGAGUUAGCAUUUCCAGACGGCCGCAGAAGCGCAUCUGAAAGCACGCGAUGCAGUGAGAUCUUCUUUGUUCGAUGGUGAGCCAAAUGGCAUUUGAAUCGGACGACGAGUGGGUGAAUAUAAUCCGAGCAAGGUAUUUUAUUGUACGAAAAUCUAGUCUGAUCAGUUUAGAAAUAUUCUGGACGCUAGUGGCAGAAAUGUGCUUUCUUUCCACAAAUCUGCAGGCGCGGUUAUCACUCCCUUUCUGCGAAUAUUCAGAAAUGACUCAGGGCCAACUUACUAAACAUUCUAACCCCUAAUGUCGCCUGAUAUUAAAGGUUAAUGUGACUUCAAUUGCAACGCCAUUGCGUUGCCCAUCUCUGAAUCCAAUGUUUAAUUUGCAAAUGAAUUACUACUGCAAAAUACACGUUCCCACAUAAUCACAAGGAAGGUGGGUCUCCAUUGAAAAAAAACCCGUAAAUAUCACAGGGCUCACACAUGGCUAAUUAUAGGAUAUUUGUUAAUCAUUAUCUAAAGGUGUGUUAUGCAACCACGGGUAAUAUCGCACCAAUUACUUAUAGUACAACUUCUCGAUUGCAUUAAUGUUUGCACGCAGUACUUUUAAUGGUAAACGACUAUUUUACGUAAAUGGGAUUCUUAAUUAAUACGAGACAAUGCAAAUCUGGGAAUCGUGAUAUAAUGUAACACUGAACUUUUCCUGACUCAUUUAAGGUACAUUUUAUACGUAGCAAAAUAUUCCAGUGUAAUAGCUCUAUAACUCUCCACCACCCGACAGAGCCAAUCAAAUGACGUUGUCACGUGGGAAAUUGCAACUAUGUCCAAUUCAUUUGGUUUUUCAGCAAAAUGUUGAAAAUGAAGCGACAAUUUCCUUUGAUAUAACAUUGAUAAAGCGUUCACAAAAUCUCAGCUCUCACGUGAAGAGGACUAGAGAUUUGUCCCCCCCCACACCACCACCACCACCACUUUCCAAUUCAACACACGCGUAUCCGAACGAUAAUGUCACUUUAGACUUAACGCUAAAUAAUCUUUCUCAUUGUAUAUGGGAGGCUCUUCUUCUUCUUCCACGGUCGUGUCGACUGCCAUCGACAACAUCAAAAGCGCCUUCUAUAAAUUGCGUUAUCAGUGCGUAAAAAGGGGGCGCGCGUAGGCGCGCACGCGCCCACACACAAAUACAAACAGGCACACGCCCUUCGUGCUCUACGUCAAUCGAAGGUAAACCUCACCACACCUAAACCCCCCAUACGCACGGGCACGUGAACGGAACCCUGGGCUCGUAUAUAAAGCCCGAUCCAAGAGGCAGGCAUCUGUAGAUAGCAACCCCCACCCAACCUCCCACGGGCACUCACUCGCAAGAGCACCAACAGCAACCCUGCGACAAGACAAAAGGGCAUCUUGCACCCUGCUCACGACAUCACCAGACAUGGGUUUGGGGGGGAAGAAGACCGCCAAGUCGGUAUGUCGACGCCUCUACACCAUCCUCUUCGCCUUCCUGGUGCUCGGAGGGCUCAUAUUCACCUACGCGAUCUCGUUGCCUCUGGUGACGGACGAGUACAAGAAGAUCGCUUUCGGCCUCUACGGCGCCUUCCUGGCGCUGCACCUCAUCGUGCAGGGGUUCUUCGCCUACCUGGAGCGUCGCAAGAUGCUCAACGACAAGCGCCCGUGCUUCUUCACGAGCACGGUGGCGCUCACCGUGUCCGCCUACCAGGAGGACCCCGACUACCUGCGCCAGUGCCUCGUCUCGGUCAAGAACGUGUACUACCCGGCCGACAAGCUCAAGAUCAUCAUGGUCAUUGACGGUAACAGCGACGACGACCGGUACAUGAUGGACAUGUUCUGCGAGAUCUUCGGCGACGAGGCCGAGACGUUCGUGUGGAAGCACAACUACCACUCGUGGGCACCGCCCGAGAGCGGCCUCUCGACCGAGGACGACCUGUACGCCGAAAUCGCGAUCGAGGACGAGCAGCGGCUGGAGGUGGAGGAGCUCAUCAGGACCAAGCGCGUCAUUUGCAUCAUGCAGCAAUGGGGCGGCAAGCGCGAGGUCAUGUACACGUGCUUCAAGGCCCUUGCCGGCUCGGUGGACUACAUUCAGGUGUGUGACUCGGACACGAAACUGGAAACGGAUGCCACGCUGGAGCUGGUGAAGGUGCUAGACUACAACAAGGAAUACGGGGCAGUCGGGGGCGACGUGAGGAUCCUCAACCUCAACGACUCUUACAUCAGCUUCAUGAGCAACCUCCGCUACUGGAUGGCUUUCAACGUGGAGCGGUCGUGCCAGUCGUACUUCGACUGCGUUUCCUGCAUCAGUGGACCCCUCGGUCUCUACAGGAACGUGUUGCUGCAACAGUUCAUGGAGUCUUGGUACAAUCAGAAGUUCCUGGGGACCCACUGCACAUUUGGCGAUGACCGCCAUCUCACUAACCGUAUGCUGAGCAUGGGAUAUGCUACAAAGUACACAAGCAGGUCCAUUUGCUACUCAGAAACGCCAGCGCAGUACCUUCGCUGGCUCAACCAGCAGACGCGCUGGACCAAGUCAUACUUCCGCGAGUGGCUCUUCAACGCCAUGUGGUGGCACAAGCAUCAUCUGUGGAUGACCUACGAGUCGACUGUAGCCGGUAUCUUCCCGUUCUUCGUAACAGCCACAGUUAUUAAGCUCUUCUACACCGGCAGCAUCUGGGACAUCCUCUGGGUGCUGUGCGCCAUCCAGAUCAUCGGCUUCAUUAAAAGCCUCUACGCCUGCUGGCUGCGGGGCAACCUGGUCAUGGUUUUCAUGUCCCUCUACUCGGUGCUCUACAUGACGAGCCUUCUGCCGACCAAGUACUUUGCCAUCAUCACCAUGAACAAGAGCAGCUGGGGCACCUCCGGCCGAAAGAAGAUGGUGGGCAACUACAUCCCCCUGCUGCCGCUGUCAAUUUGGGCGGCCAUUUUGUUCGGAGGAAUUGCGUUCGCCAUCUACCACGAGACGCAGGUAAACCACUCUGAAGAAGAUAAAAAAUACUUGAUCUAUGGGUCUGUAGCCUACGUCCUCUUCUGGAUCAUCAUGAUCAUCUCCUACUGGGUUUUCAUCCGGAAAUGCUGCAGGAACCGCACCGACAGCUACAACAUAGCCGUGUGAGUGGGCUACGGUGGCACUCCCAACAGGCGGGGGUGAAUUGACGUUCAUUGAGCCCAAACAAACGUAUGUGAAUUGCGGCAGGGAUGCAAGUUACAAGAUACUCGUUUAGAAUGCUCAUUCUUAAAGGUGCCCUCCUUUUGGAAGAACAUUUAUUGGCAAGUUCGUUUUGUGCAUUAUUUAAGUGAGUUUGAAUAACGCUGAUGGAAUCCGUCUCUUCAAGACAUUAUUGAAGUGGAGACAAUGUUAAACCAAAGGCUUUCAAGAUGGAAAACAUGAACAUAUGUUAGACUUUCUCAAGUGUACACCUCUGAAUAUGCCCUUUAAGAUCAAUUGUAAUUUCAUUCGUACCAGUCCCCUUUUUUAUAUUUCCCCGACAGGGAAGCCCUAUUCACACCGUAUACUGGGAAAAUGUAUUAUCAUGAUUAAUUGUGGAUUCUUUUGAACUUUACUGUGCAUUUGGAGCUUGACGGAAUGGAUGCAUUCUCCAAGGUUGUGUCUGCAGCAUGUAUGUUGCGGUGUUAUAAUGUUGAGUGCCCUACGAGAAAAUACGAAAGUUUUUGCCUCAACACAAUGUAGAGUGCAUUUUAUUUGAGGGGGUGCUGCACGGGAGGAAUUUCUUGGUUCUACAUUUUAAAAUGCUUGAGUGGAUUGUGCAAUAAUGUAAUUUGCUACAAGUAUUGGGGAAUUGCAAAAUUGUCUGGUGCUAACUAUUUAACUGAGCAGGUUGAUGCGGGUUAAAGUGGGUCGGUAAAAGGGACUCUGGCGACUGGUCCGUAUAGAACUCGCCACUAAUGUUAGCUGUGGACUGGGAAUCCAAUUCGGGUGGCUGGGAUCGUAGUGCAGUAGAUGACGAUACCGUGAGGCAGCUUCCCCAGUCUUGUACUGAACUGUUUAGCGUGAUACGGUAUGAGGGAAUCCACAAACUAGUUUACGUAUAAAUUUUGCCUUAACUUUCUUGACUGCAGGAAUUCAUAUUCUGUGGUUCUUUAGGUAAAGUCACGUAGAUAGAAAAAAUGUAAGUAAAUAAAAUACAAAUAAAACAUAAUUUUUUUCUUUUAUUUACUUUGUGACUUUACCGAAAGAACCAAAGAAUAGUUUACGUAUAUAUGUUAAAAAGUGCAGCUUACACUUUUGGUUUUGCACAAAUACCAUCCACAAUGUGUGUUGAAUUAAACGUGCUAAAAAUGUUACUUUACAAAACAAUAUAUUGAGAUCAAACGUAUUGUCUGCAUCCCAUUUUCACCUUUGAUGAUGUAACUUUAUAUCCACUUGCCUGCAUGAAAUUCACACUGUACAAUAUUGAUGCAUCGUACAUCGCCAACCGUGCUCGUCGGAGGUGAUUAACUUGGCGUAUAUUCGUUUCAAAAUGUGGUAUUUGUACUGUGCUUAUUAACUGCGCUAAAAGGUUUUGGCUCCUAUUCGCAGAUUAGCACAAACCCAUUUCGGCCUGAUGGAGCGUGCCAUUUUGGUGAAUUGUUUGAGGUCAAAGGUCAUUCACCACACGUGCAUUGUGUUUACAACGUCUGUCCUGGAUUUAUGCAAAGCGAAAUGUUGUAUUUGUUAAAUUAUUACGGUUUCAACUGUUCGUACAUUUUAAUUGAUGUGAAAAUUAUUGUCAUUAUUUUACGGUAUUGUGUGAAGUUUAUGAUCGCAUAUGCAAUAAAUCAAACGAAAACAAAGCUCA